AUGCAUCAUCUGUUUGGGCUGGUUUUGGCACAAAAGGACCUUUCACGUGCAGGGGAUCUUUUCUCAUUAGAGGAUGCUGAAAUUGAAGGAAGCCUCUCAGAAGCUCUUGAACAAAUAAGAAUAAUUAGUUCAUCUGCGGACUACCAGACCAAUGACAAUGACCAGGCUGUGGUGGAAAUCUGCAUCACUCGCAUCACCACUGCCAUCAGGGAGACAGCAUCCAUAGAAAAGCAUGGGAAGGCCCUUGUGGCUCUCUGGGAGUCGUGUCUGGAGCACAACCUGAAGCCUUCUGGAAAAGAUGAGGAUGCACCACAUGCAAAAAUUGCAUCUGAUAUCAUGAGCUGUAUCUUGCAGAAUUACAACCAACCUCCAAUAAUGGCCUUAGCUGUUCCAGUGGCAGUGAAGUUUCUUCAGAGGGGCAAUAAGGAGUUGUGCAGAAACAUGUCAAGUUAUCUAUCCUUGGCUGCAAUCGCUAAAGCAGAUCUGCUGGCUGAUCACACUGACCCCAUUGUCAACAGUGUCCUUCAAGGGAAUUCAAUGCUUCUGCGUGUCCUGCCUGCUCUGUAUGAGAAGCAACCGCAGCCGAUAGCCCUCCAUCUGAGGGAGCUGGUGGCACUGAUGGCUCAGCUGGAUCAAGCUGAACAACACCAUCUCCUCAGGCUGCUCCAGACCGUGGCUAGGAAAAAGGAACUUGGGGUAAAACUGUGUUUGGAAUUUCUAUUUGGACACUUGAGGGACCUUAACCAUAGUGACAUUAUUCUGAACAUACUUACAGAAAUAUCCAACUAUGAGCCAACAGCCUUAGCCACUUUUCUUCCAAUGCUAAAAGAAGUUGGUGAGAGUUGUCCAUGUUUGAUAGGGCAAACAGCAAAGAUCUUUGGAGCUGUUGGACAUAUUGAUGAGAAGCGAGCCAGAAUAUGCCUGAUGUAUUUGGUGAACCAGCUGGCCAACAUGGAGCACUCAUUUCACCAUAUUCUUUUGCUGGAAAUUAAGAGUCUCACCGACACUUUCUCAAGCAUCUUGGGCACUCAAAGCAGAGAUAUCUAUCGCAUGAGCAACAGUUUCACAGCCAUAGCCAAGCUCCUCAUCCAACAGCUAGAGAAUGAUAAUAUGUCUGGAGCCAGAGUGGAAAAUGAUACUGAAAUGGAAUCUCCUGUAGCACUGGAUGAUUUAAAAUCUGUUAUGAAUGGAAAUGAAGAGGAUGAAAAGCUUCAAGUUAAAAUACAGGCUUUUGAGGAGAAAAUAAGUGUCGACAAUGGUACUCCUGGCUCAGUGCGGAGACACAGUUUAGACCAGGUUUCUAAAGAAGAAAGGAAGGAUAUGAGAUUUAACAGGUCCAAAAGCCUUGCUUUGCAUGCAGUCCGCAUGAAGGGGAUAAACUCAGAGGGUGGACAGGAUGAGAACAAUGGGGAGAUAGCUGCUGGUAUUUCCUUCUCCGAGAUCUACAUUAGCCAAGAAAAUGACAAAUUGCCUUUCAGUGUUGAUACUGAAGCAAUGGAACUGGGAAAUUCUUUAGUUUCACACCAAAGUAUCGAUUACGUGGAAUCAGCAAAUUUGACAGAAUCUACUAAAGAAAAGGCCCUUGAAGGAAACACAGAGGCAGUCAUGAGCCCCAAGGAAUACCAGGAUAAGCUCUACUUGCACUUGAAGGAAAACCUGGGUAAACUGAAAGCAUAUGUCACAGAGAUGGGGAGAAAAAUUCCUAUCCCUGAUCAGUGCGUUAUUGAAG